AUGACUCACACGCUCCCCCUCCCCCUUGUGUGUCAUAUGUUUUCACCCCAUCCCCUCCCACCACCCUGUCUCUCCAUCGCUGCCUCUCAUUUACCCACAAUUGCUCACUUUUCUCUGCCAGGCUUCCGACACGCUGCAGGUAACGCUUAAAAAGAUUGAUCCUUUUUUUUCAUUACCCCUCCAUUCCUAUAAGCCUCCUCCAUCUUCUCGCCCCCCCCCCCCUCUUCUGCUCCUCUCCUUCUGCUCGUGUUUUCUCACCCCCUCAUCUCUCCACCGGUCCAUGUUUUCUGUCACUGACUUAAAGAGCAGAGAGCGUAGAGCUGGGUUGUGAUCUGGAACAGGUUGACAGUAGAUGCAUAAGUAGGUAUGUGUUAUUAGAUUUUGAUUUAUAUUAUCUUUGCUGUGUGGGUGUUGUUGUGUUUGUGUGUGUGCCAGCAUUUCCGUGAGAGUACCUCUUUCACUAAUAUCCAUCCAAGGCUGCGUCACCAUCAUCACAGUGUGAGUGCAUGUGAGGAAGAGUAUGUGGAGUGUUCGUGAUUCAUGUUAAAAUAAACCAAUAACGCUGCCUUAGCUGUGGUGAAAUUGAAUACUUCGAUAAUUUAACGCGCAUCUGUCUCUCUCUGUGUCGAGUGUUUAUUCUGUGCUCGCCCUUUUUUCUUACAAAAUGAAAUCAAGCAAAUUGCAGAAAUUUGUGUCCAUGAAUGCAGAAGAGUGGAGAUGAUAAUUUUUUUCCUCAACAGGAUGUCUAUCGUAAAUAUUGUUGCCAGGGAGAUCCUGGACUCCAGGGGAAACCCAACUGUGGAAGUCGAUCUGCAUACUGCCAAAGGUUAGAAAAUUAACAUGUUGUCAGAUUAACACUUUUAAUCUGAUUAUGGAUUCAGUUGUGUACCAUUCUUAAUCCAAACCCUUGUAUUUGCAAAAGCUUACCCUCACCUGUCACCUCUUCAAUCUUCACCCCUUCUACCCUCCAUUUCAGGUCUGUUCAGGGCUGCAGUGCCCAGUGGAGCAUCUACUGGUAUCUAUGAGGCUCUGGAGCUCCGAGAUGGAGACAAAACCCGCUACAAGGGCAAAGGUGAACACUUAAACAGACACAUUUGUCUUUCUCAACAUAUUUUCCUUCUUCCUCCUCACUGCGUCACAGACAUUUCCCUCAUAUCGCAUUAAUGUAGAUAGAUAAUACUGGUUUUUAAUGGCUCGACGUAUCUGCUCCUGUCCUUCUGUCUUAGGUGUGACCAAAGCUGUAAAUCACAUUAAUGACACCCUGGGGCCUGCCCUCAUCCAGUCUGUGAGUAGCAGUCCAGGAUCUCAACAAUGUUAGUCAGAAACACUUAAAAGCAUUGAGUGAAGACUGAUCUUGUUUUACUUUCAGGGGAUCAGUGUAUUGGAGCAAGGGAAACUGGACAACACCAUGAUAGAAAUGGACGGCACUGAAAACAAAUGUAAGUAAGCCUCAUUGAUGACAAAUGUGAAGUGACAUGUUUCUGCAGCAGAGGCUAUAAACUGCACAUGUGUUAUUGUUGCUAUCAUUGUUUUUCCCACAGCUAAGUUUGGAGCUAAUGCUAUUCUUGGAGUGUCAUUGGCUAUCUGCAAAGCUGGUGCAGCAGAGAAAGGUGUCCCCUUGUACCGUCACAUUGCUGAUCUGGCAGGAAACAGCGAGUUGGUGCUUCCAGUCCCUGUGAGUCCUUGUCUAAAAAUGCAUUUCUUCCUAACGCAAAAGCCCAUUAUCGUCUUGUCUUACUUAUCUGUUCCUUAUUUAGGCUUUUAAUGUGAUCAAUGGAGGCUCACAUGCUGGUAACAGACUGGCAAUGCAGGAGUUCAUGGUACUUCCUGUAGGGGCGGAGUCUUUCCGUGAUGCUCUGCGUGUGGGGGCAGAGCUCUACCAGACACUGAGAGGUGUCAUCAAGGAGAAAUAUGGUCAGGAUGCAACAAAUGUUGGAGAUGAGGGAGGGUUUGCCCCAAAUAUUCAAGAGAACAGUGAAGGUAAGCUCAUGUAGUAUAAUCACUCCAAUCUUUUAUUUCUUGAAAUGUGCCCUCACAUCUGUUAUCUGCCCCUCUGUCCUUCAGCCCUGGAGCUGAUAAAAACAGCCAUCGAGAAAGCUGGCUUCACAGACAAAGUGGUGAUAGGGAUGGAUGUGGCUGCGUCAGAGUUUUUCAUCGAGGGGAAGUAUGACCUGGAUUUUAAGUCUCCGCCCAAUGCAGCCCGCAACAUCAGCGGUGAUGAGCUGGCAAGCAUCUACCAGGGUUUCAUUAACAACUACCCAGGUGUGAAUUAUGAUUUUGCCCUGAAGCAACUGGAUCAGAAGUGUUUUUCCUCACUCUUCUAAUACUGGUGUAGUCCCAUAGGGCACAUGUUGCAGAAAACAGAUUUUAAACUUUAUACGUAUUUUUUGUUGAGCCAAGUGAACAGAUUUGACAAUACGGGUUCCAUAAAUCCUGAUUUUGAGUAUAACAGCAGUGGGGGAUUUUAUUUUUUCAGGUUUUCAGAUGGGGUACAACCGUACCAUAAAAGAAAAAUGCACUCUAGUGUUUCUGUUGAAAAGCACUUUGAACUUGGUAUCAUGUAGACAUGCAAAAAUCGCAGAAAAUGUUCAUAUUUAAAAUUGAAAGAGUCCAGUUCAAGUCAAAUUGUUAUGCAACUCAAAACAGUGGACGAAAUUAGAAAAAAAAAACUAAAAAUAUCAAUCUAAUGCUGCAUAUUAAUGUUAUUCCUAAAUAUCACACUUGAGGUCAUGCUGUUGUACUGAUUAUCAGCACGACCUCUAACCCAAUUAUCCACAACAGCUCUCCCUCUGGUAUGGUAUUGCAUGUUUAAAUAAAAGGAAUGUAUCAAAUACUGACCUUCAUUCACAUGCGCAGCAGACACCAUCACUUUCCGACUGAACUAAUACCAAUUAAUGAGCCUACCAGCUUAUUUUUCACAUUUCUACAAUUGCCAUAUAUGUUUCACUGCUUCUAUGACAGAGAAACUGAAAGAACAAGAGCGCCUGAUGUCUCCACAGCCCGCUCUCUCCUCCUGACACUUGUGCCUGUUAAAGAGGUUUUAAUUAUGCGCUACGGUGCACAUUUGGCAAGCAGGGACCUACUCUGAUGUGGCUCUUUACCCUGUCAAUGGUGUGCUUCCUGCUUGUGUGGGCAAGUGCGUGUGUGUGCAGCUGUGUGUAAUGUGAGUGCCUUUUUAAGACAUUACUCCCAUUAGAGCCAUUAUUGCCAAUGUCAAUGGUGCUCCAGUUCUACUUGUAGGUGAGGAAUGAAAAAAAAAUGCCAUUCCCAAGCAGGUCAUAUUGAAAGACGACAGCUGAAAAAACAUACCUUUUCUCUUUUCCACAGUGGUCUCUAUUGAAGAUCCUUUUGAUCAGGAUGACUGGCCAGCUUGGUCACAGUUCACAGCCUCUGUGGGCAUUCAGGUAAGACACAUUUUCCUUGUUAUCUAAAGUCAAUUGGUUCAGCUGCUCUGCCAAGAGGUACUCUAGCAUUUGAGUAUUGUACUUUACUCUAUUAGGAAAACAUUGAAGCUGCUGAGGUUAAGAUAUCUUGACUUUUAGUGGCUAGAAUGGCUGUGAAAUGCUGUCCUGAAGUAUUGGCCACUCAGUAGCACCUUCUCCCUCCUGGUAGACACCAACAUCACCAAACUAUAAACUCAGACAUAAGACUGAUCUGGGUUGUAACCUAGGCAGAGCUGUCCUAUCAUAUGAUUGGAUUAAGUUUUAAAUAAGAGAUAAACAGAUAUACAGUUCUGCAAUAAGAGAAACAACAUAUUAUAACGUAGACUUGUUGCUUACAGUGAGUUAGAAAAUGCACCUCAGUCUGUCUAUAACUUUAUUUUCUAAAUUAUGCAGGUGGUUGGAGAUGAUCUGACCGUCACUAACCCACGCAGGAUACAACGAGCAGUGGAGGACAAGGCCUGCAACUGUCUGCUGCUAAAGGUCAACCAGAUUGGCUCUGUAACAGAGGCCAUCAAGGCGUGAGUUGAAUUUGUAUGUAUACAUCGCACGUGUGUGUGUGUAUAAAUGCAUGCAAUAAAUUUGUACCCUCUCCCUGCCUCUCAGGUGUAAGCUUGCCCAGGAGAACGGCUGGGGUGUGAUGGUGAGCCACCGCUCAGGAGAAACAGAGGACACUUUUAUAGCUGAUCUGGUGGUUGGUCUCUGCACUGGACAGGUAAUUUACAUUUGUGCCAUUGCAACAUAAAGAAGCAGCUCACAUACUGACUCGUACUUGAAACUCCACUGCAAAGGUUCACUAAUAACAAGAAGAUUAUUUCUUAUUUGCAAAGAAAACUAUACAUAUAAAUCUAGAAUGUAGCCAUUAUGAUGGAUAUUAACAUUAAACAAAAACAAGAUGUCAACUCCAAAAUACUGUUGGUAAUACUAGGGUUUGUCUCCCAACAGAUCAAGACUGGGGCACCAUGUCGAUCAGAGCGACUGGCAAAAUACAAUCAGCUCAUGAGGUGAGUAUUGAUAGCUUCCACGCAACUUUUCACCACUUUUGCAGUUCUCUUCUGCUCCCCCUCUUUUUUUCAUCUUCUGUUAUCUUCCUCCGUGUUUAUCUGCUUGCUCUGCCUUUCUCUCUGUUCUUUUCUCUGCUUCCUCUUCCUUUCAGGAUUGAGGAAGAGUUGGGUGACCAGGCCCGCUUUGCUGGGCACAAUUUCCGCAACCCCAGCGCCCUCUAA